GCUGCCCUAAAGAAACGUCGGCGCGCAAAGAGUAAGUCCUGUUUACCACCCCCCCCGUUCAAUCACCCCUUCACCACAGCAUGCCCUUCUUGUUCUUCUGCCUCCUCCUCGAGCUCUCGCAUUCUCUCUUCUUCGCCAUCUACACAAGCACAUUUUGUUUAUUUAUUUUCUGCACGCGGGUGCCAAGCGAAGAUCGCUGCAUCGCACUUCGACUGCGUCACUGCCAGCAACCCUGUAUCAAGCUAUCGACACGCACUUGCCUAAUCGACAGUCACUCAACCUACAAUGCCUCAGUCUCUUUCUUCUUCUACAAUCCCGACCUUUUCUCAUUCAGUCCUUCGCGCUGCCUGUCUCAGCCGGUGUUGUUGUUUGCAUUCCUAGCUGUUCCAUCUAUCCGAGACUUCCAUUGACAGCGGCGGCUCACACUCCAAUUUCACCACCAAUCUCUCCGACCUCAGCCCUCCACGUCAUCUUCCAGGGCCUGGUCCCACAACCUCUUCAGCCUGCGCAGUAUCAGUCAAUAUUCUCUGCCAACAUGCUCUACUGCUACAUUUCAUGCUUGUCACUACACGUGCUCACCUCGAGGAGAUCAGCCUGGCCCGAAGAACUUUUGCAUGCCUAUUUUAGACUUCCGACGCUAACCGCUUUUGUGCAGUCUCUGAAAACCCUGUCGGCAGCAAGUGCACCGCCACUGGGGCUCUCUCACCAGCCGCAACCGCAGCCGCACUCUC